AUGGCUGCGUUGACCUCGAAGUGGCCAGCUAUCCGCACCAUAUCGUGCUAUAUCCAUUUGAAGCGCAACGUGCGGCGCCACAAGCACAUUCGAAAUAGGUUUGUGCACAUGAGCUGCGGAUCAACCGAAAAGUCCAUCAAAGAUGUCCUCCUAAGUCUUCAUGCGGUUGCUGUUAACACCGACGUCCAUAUUCGCGACGACAUGCUCGCGCUGACACCAUUCAGCUUCGACGAGUGCGGCGCUACGCGCCUGAAACAUUCUUGCGAUUGUGCAGGACACUACUCAAGUGGCUGGCUUUGCUCGCACACAGUGGCGUACUUGGCAAUUAUCGAUGGUUUCAACAUCGAUGCAAGACUGCGGACAUUGCCGCAGCGAAAACAGAACGGAAGGCCGCGACAUCCACAAGGUGGUCUGUCAGUUGAGACUCGAGAUGAAUUUUUCUCGCAAGAAAACCUAUUGAAGCGUAUAUCGAAGUUGCCGUUAAGCAUUGUUGGCUACAAGUGCUGCAAGGACUUCAAAGUGUGUGAAGAUCAAGAUAACAGCUCAAGAGUGUGGAGCCUCCACACUGCCAUCGGCGUUGUGGUGUCGCACCUUCCACAGAAGAAGCGUUGGACAGCACAAUUCGAAGUCAAUGGUGAACGCGAAAACGUUUGCUACGACGGCGUCAAAGUUUCAAGUGCGAUUCAUGCUGUAUUCAUCGGAGGCGUUGACGUGACAGGCGGGGUUGACUUAGAUGUGUAG